AGACUGACCCACAGAUGUAUGAAGACUAUAUCACCAGCGACUCGCGGGACGAGUCCAAGGGCGGCUACGACGAGGCGGCGCCCAGUCGCGACCAGGCCUGCCAGACUGACCCACAGAUGUAUGAAGACUACAUCACCAGUCUAGAGAAUCCCCCGCCAGACGACGCGGAAGAGGUGGAAGGCGGGUUCAACGUGCAACACCAAGCCGUGUGGGGCAUGGGGGCGCUGGCGCCGCGCGUGCUCAAGGAGUUCAGCGCGCUCAUGUUCGUGCGCUGCGACUACAGCGCCGCGCACCGCUGGAGCCUGCGCGCGCAGCGGCUGCUGGCGAGGCACACGCCCGUGCGGUGAGUGCA